AUGGCCUCUGAGUUCGACCCCGCCUAUGUCCAGGAAGCGUCGGAAGGUCGCCGUACCACCAGUACAGUCUUGUCCUUGACAACGGGGACUGGCUACAGCGUGUACAAAUCCACAAUCAUACCCGCGAUCAAGAGGGCGGAACGAGAAGUCAUACUUGUGACUUGCUUCUGGGCGGCGUCGGUCACGCGGGAUCUGAUUAACGAGGCUCUGGUACAUCUCUCGGAGAAGGGCCUAUCUUCCUCCAAGAAGAUAUCAGUACGCAUAUGUUUCUCUUCUGCAUCCCUGGCGCGGAAUAUGCUCCUACCGACACCGAAGGAGGGCCAACACUAUCCAUCUUCGUCGUGGAAGAAGAUAGGUUUGCCGCGGCCAGAAGAGCUCAAAGGUCUCAACAUGCGGGUCAGCCGUAAGUUUUUUUGGCCGUUCGGCAUCAUCCACUCAAAGUAUGUUGUGGUGGACCGGGAGUUGGCCAUCUUCCCGUCCUGCAAUGUGUCGUGGGAGAGGUGGUUUGAAGUGGCUGUCUCCUGCAGGGGUUCCGUAGUUGGGCACUUAUUAUCGUUUCACGGGGUGUUUUGGGACGACGAGCUGUCGGUGGCAGCAGCCUCUGAAGGUGCUGCAGAGGAUGGCGCGCACGAACCUACUGCUACUUCUACUGGUACCGGUGGUGGUAGCAACUCGACUCCGAACCACGUUAUACCCGCCCCGACCACGCUCUUGCCGUCACCUCAUACGCCAUCUCUGCUUCCGAAUCACCUGCAACUGCAGACCCUCGCCGGCCACUGCCCUUGCCUGCCAGCUACGACGUCCACGCCAGCUUUCCACCCAACCCCACUCUUGCGGACCACAUUUCACUUGCUGGCCACGGCACAAUCCAGCAUCAUUUUGCUCACCCCAAAUCUCACGGAGCCGACCGUUGUUGACCUCCUGCUGCAAGCUCUUGCGCGUGGGGUCAGUGUACGGGUUUGGACAAACCGCACGCUUAUGACAAUGGAGCAGCUGGUAACUGCCGGCACGACCACUCCGGCAUCCAUCCAGAGACUCAGAAGACGCGCAGAACAGAUGGAAAGCGAUGGUCGUCUGGAGGUGUCGUACUUUGACAGCGACGAUGGUCCGGGUACACAACACCCUGUCUUGCGCGAGAUUGAGCAGUACCGAGACACAGUCCCCAUCAAGCUACAUGCCAAAGUGACGAUAGUUGACGGCGAGAAGAUAUUGUUAGGAAGUGGAAACAUGGAUGCUGCGAGCUGGAAGACGAGCCAAGAGCUCGGGAUCAUGAUUGAGAGUCCUGCCGUGGUCGACGAGUUCAUGAAACUGUGGAAGUAUGACAAGCUUGGAGUAUGA